AUGAACUUGUUCGGGUCCUCGCCUACAUCAAACAGUCCUUACGUCGCUCCUAACCCAUUACACGACCCGAUAGCCGGUCCGGACCCGCUGAGUGCAUCGCCUUCUUCCAGUUAUGAAUCCCCUCGCCGUUCGUUCUCCAAGCGCUCUGUAGAGAUACCGCAGCCGCGUGCCGAGGAAGAAUCGCCUGAGGUAUACCUCCAUAGACUCACGGAUGCCGUCAGCAAAGCAGAGGUUGCGACCGUGCUCGCAUCAAGCGCGGACCCAUUCCAUGCACGUGCUUUACGUGCCUACAUUGACCGUUUCGACUUCAUGGGGGAUCCAUUAGAUGUAGCCCUGCGAAAGCUAUUAAUGGAUGUCGGCCUUCCACGGGAAACGCAGCAAAUCGACCGCGUCAUCGAAGCCUUUGCAGCACGAUACUUGCGUUGCAAUCCCGAUCUUUUCACGUCUGAAGACCACCCUUACAUCCUAGCAUUCAGUCUGAUCAUGCUGCACACCGACGCGUUCAAUAAACACAAUAAACGCAAGAUGACCAAGGCAGACUAUGUCAAGAAUACCCGCCUCCCUGGAGUCGCUCCGGAGGUUUUGGAUUGUUUUUAUGACAACAUAAUAUUUGUACCCUUCAUAUUCAUAGAGGAUCCAGUGGACGUCAACGGUCAACGGGGACUGAUUCCGGAGACAAUCAACAUGCGCCGCAUGUCGACUUUUAACAUGCCCACGACUCCCGGCGGAUCCGGUUCAGUACUGCUGGGUAAGAGCAAUAGGAUUGACCCAUAUUACCUUAUUACCCGUAAUCUGCUUGACGACUUACGCGUCAACGUGACGGCGUUGGUCCCUCCGGAGAGCCCAUACUCCUAUCAAGGCACGGGCGGACCGUGGGAUGAAGACGAACUUCUGCGCGCGUUUACCAUGGCAAGCGCUAUUGACAUCUCUACAGGAGCUGCAUCGACACCAUGGUUCGGGAUCAGCAUGUCUGGAACACCAGCGCCGCUUCUUCAGAGUCCCUUAGGCCCUACUCAUCCCGUGACAUCUCCCGCUUCGUCCUGCUCGAUCAAGGUGACGAAAGUCGGCCUUUUGUUGCGCAAGGACGAUACUCUGGAAGGAGGCCGUCGGGCAAACAAUCGCAAGUGGCGUGCGUGGUGUCUCCUCUUCUUUCGCGACCCGUCAUGGGUGGCGUCUAUCCAAACGCAGUGCAAUGGACAGAUUCUCGCGCAUGCAGCGCUGCCCCAUCCUGACGAAUAUGUCUCGGUCAAGGAUUCUGUCGCCGUGUUUGACAAAUCCUACACCAAGCACCCACACACUAUGCGCUUGGUCAUGCCGGAUGGCCAUCACUACCUGCUGCAGGCACAGGAAGAGAAGGAGAUGAACGAGUGGAUCUCGCGCGUCAACUAUGCGAGUGCAUUCAAGACGGCCGGCGUGCGCAUGCGCGCCUCGGGCAUGACGAACCGGGACAUCGAGCUGACCGGCAUCGCUGCGGCAGCGUCGCAUUUGCGAGAGUUGAAACAUCGUGCCAACUCGUUCGCGGCUCCUCGAGUGCGGACAUGGUAUGCUGGGUCGCCUGAUGACCUCGAACCGUCCGUGGCUCAGUCGGCGCCUCCCCCUCUCCAUCCGCUGCUAAACUCGGAUCCUGUGGGGCAAAUAUCGGCCGCUUCAUCUGUAGACUCGUCGAGGAUGACGCCGUCUCAGAUCGAGAGCUCUUCGAGGCUUUUCAAGGCGACGUUUGACCAGGUCAAGACGGAACUGGCGACAUCGGGGCGCUGGUCGUACGACGUGCCGGAUGCGCGGCCGAUCCCGCGUCCUCGCACGCAGAGUUUAGAAUCUGCGACGCGCUCGCCGCCUGCGUCGCCCACGUCCGCCACGCCAAACUCGAACGAUGCUUCGCGUGGGUCGUCCCGGUCGGAGAUCAUCCGGCGGAAGCUACGCGACCUAGAAGGGAGGAUCUCGCUGACGCAGAAGCAGUUGGACACGGACAUGCGGUUCGUGCGGAACAUGGCGGUGCUGACGCCGUUUCAGCGGACGACGCGAGACCGGAUUCAGGUGGCGGUGCAAGGCGCGUCGAAGCGGAUCAUGCAGGUGCGGCUGGACCUGGAGAAGCUGGUGUGCUACCGCGACGUGCUGUCGGACGACCUGCUCGCUGAAGAGCGUGACUGGGCGCGGACGAAGCGGAUCGCGAUGCGCGCGGCGACGGACAAGCUGACGGCGCAGGACAUGGAGUCGCGCCCUCUGACACAGACGAGGACCAUGCCGGACAUGAUCACGCUGUCUUCCUUCACGGACGUGUCGGACCAGUCACUCUCGACGUCGCCUAUGAGCAUUGCGGCCACCGCGAGCACGUCUGUGAGCUCGUCGCUUGGGGACGAGUCGUUCCAUUCCGCACUGUCUAGCGGACAUUGGCGCGAUCUGAGCCCUGGUUCUGCUGCGUUCCUGGAGUCAAGAGGUCUGCACGAGGCUCAUUCGUUCGAGUCGCCGAUGACAUCCCCGUUGGAGGCACCGGGUGGCCAUCAAGGGCGAGAGUACCCGUUUCCCGACGUGUCGGGGCGCCCGCAGCCGACGUCACUCGUGCAAGACACGUCAAUGGAGAGCGCGCCGUCGAGCGUCGGCCACGCGGACCAUGCCGGGCAGGAGAAGUAUCGCACCGCGCCCGAGUCGCCAGAAGUGCCAGAAGAGCAGGCGGAGGAGUGGCACAAGACGCGGGCGGCGAAACGGGUGUCGCUGGUGCGGCUGCCGCCUGACCUGCGGAUCUCGGUGCUGAUUGGGAAACACGGGCGGACGGCGAGCGAGAGCAUUUCGGAGCACACUGCCACUGCUCCGUCGUCGCCUGACGGGAGUCACGUCGCUCCAAACGCGUAUGGGCGGACGAUGGACACGAUCGCGGUGAUGGACGUGGACGUGUAG